AUGGGCCCUAGGAGGUCCCACACCAAAUCCAAGAAGGGUUGCAGUCAGUGUAAAUGCAACGAAGUGCACCCAGUAUGCCAAAACUGUGCUCGGCGUGAGAUAGGAUGCGAUUUCUCUCGCAGGCCAGAGGAUAGGAGCUCCACUGCGCGAGAGACAGACUCGCGCACUUCUUCCGCAAGUCAAGAGCCCAGCCAGGACAAGAGUCCAAUCCAUCCGGAGGCGGUGACAACAACACCACUUCCCGUUUCUGCCGCAACGAUCGAUCCGUUCCUUCUGCCCAACCUAGAAAGCACACGACGCACUACAGAUUUGGCUACCGGUGACCUGGAGCUGCUACACCACUUCUCCACCGUCACAUACACUACCUUGGCUGAUGCUUGUGCCUCGGUGGACAAUCGAGAGCUGUGGCAAGUUCACGCAGUACGACUCGGUUUCAAGCAUGAGUUCCUGCUUCGAGCCAUCCUUACUGUUGCCGCGCUGCAUCUUCGCCAUUUAAAUCCCCUCCAAAGCUCCUACUAUGAUUUGAUGGCUUCCACUCACCAGAAUUUUGCCCUCGAGACCGCCCGAGAUGCUCUCACCUCGGUCGACGAAAACAAUUGCCAUGCAAUCUUCACCUUUUCCUGCUUGAUCUUUGUCAUGACUUCGGCUAGCCUUCGGAAACAGGCUGGCUCUGAAGCGCAUCAAGAGAUUCUCGAAUGGUUCUUGCUUCUGCGGGGCUGCAAUUCAGUUUUACAAUUGCAUUGGGACACUUUACGCAAUAGCUUUCUCUAUCCACUUCUCGAUGAGGUCAAUCAGACCGAGACCAAGGCUGGUUACUCUAUCAAAGAUGCGGACCGCAUCAUGGAACUCCUGACGACAUGCUGCUACUCUGGUCUGUCUACAGAUCCAGAGGCUUCCAAAGCAUAUGCAAUGACUGUUUAUGAGCUGAUGAAAACUUUUAGCCAGGUGUCCAUCUUACGGGACAGGGGUCAAGGGCUCAUGCUCUCCUGCUGUAUCUGGCCAAAUACCAUACCGCAGAAGUAUCUCGAGCUUCUUGCCGACCAGAAGCCUGAAGCUUUGGUCAUCCUGGCCCAUUAUGCGGUCAUGCUUCAUUGGGCUGAUAAGGAAUGGUUCAUGAGGGGGAUGGCCAGGUAUCUACUCGACACCAUCAAAACUUCAGUUGGCGAGGAGUGGCAAGGGGCACUGCAAUGGCCCUCGAGUGUAAUAGGAUCAAAUCUCAUGUAA